AAGAAAAGAUGAAAACUGCGCUAAAGAAAGAGGAGAAAAUGAAGGAUCUCAAAGUCCCUGCGGCUGAAGCACAGACAAAGCCCCGUCAUGCUGCAAAAAUGACCCCACCAGGGAGAGGUUCCUCUACUCAUCCAAAAGCCGAAACAGGUAGGCCAGCUCAGGUCGACACAAAGUCAACAAAGGAUGCAAAAGAACAAGAUGGGAAAACUCCAAAACCAUCAAAACCUGCUGGUGUGGAGGAGGCCAAGGCCAAGACAGAGCCAGCCAAAAUGCCCUACUUCCAGUGUGUCCUUCUUCGCUCCAAAAACACCAAGUACCCUCUAUACCCUUUCACCCCUGCUCAAAGUCCCAUCACCAAGCCCCAGCCGCCAGAAAGGAGAGCCAGGGCAGCUGGGCACUAAGACAGCGCCUCCUACAGGUCAAGUUAAUUUCUCACCGCAGCUGUCCCCUGCGACUGGAGGGCUGUUCUCUUGCUGGGGCCAUUGUGGGCCACAAGCAUCUUAAGAGGUCUUGACUGUUAACCAAGGAUGAUCUUGAACAAAGAGGAUGAAUGGUUCUUUAACUUUUUUGUUUUUCUUAAGACUGGUCGAGCUUCCAUCACUGUUGGUGUAUGAACCCCAUUCCUUUACAUGCAGCCGUGAUGAUGUCUUGCAGUGUUUGUCUCUUCCUCCGUUUCAGUGCUGUGUCAAAAAAGCACUUAUGAAAAUUCAAUUAUGAAAGAAGCAGAAUGCAUCACGAUUAUUAAUCCACUGUGGUGGUUUCGAUAUCAUGAGUGACACAGCUUAUCUUAUAUAGUUUGAUUUUUAUUUUUGACGGCCAAAAGAAUACGAAGUUUAACCGAAAAAAUCAAUUUAUUGUCAGCUUGUACGUAUAAAUAGACAUAUACUGUAUAUAAUUUAGUGUAAAUUUGCAGUUUACAGUUGGGGUUUCUCAAAUUCAAUUUGAGAUAUUUCAUCGUGCUAAUGCGCCUCAAUCUCAAAAUGUGCAAAGAGAAAUAUUAGUUUAUAUAUAAUAAUUUAUUUGCUAUAUGUGUACAUUUACUAAUUAAUUUGUAUGGUGGCAAUAUCUUAAAUUAUUGUCCACCGUGGCAAUAUCUUAAAUUGUUUUUAAACUAUAUAUUUAAUUAAUUUAUUGUAAAUGUGACAUGAUACUGUGGAAUGUGUGUCGUAGUGCAGGGAAUGUUGAAAACAUGUAUGUUAAUGUUUUUGACCCAAAAAGAAUCUGUGUGUGUGUGUGUGUGUGUGUGUGUGUGUGUGUGUGUGUGUGUGUGUGUGUGUGUGUGCGCGCCGCUCUAUUUGUGUUUAUCUGUAAAUUUAUGUCAGCUUCCUAUGUCUCGUUCUGCACCACUGUUUCCCAUAAGCCCUGUCUGGCAGCAAAAAAAAAAUCUUUGAAACAUGUUUUUGCUUGUUUAGAAGAAGAACUAUUUCUGGCUCAGCAUUUCUUAUUUGCGUUACACAUUUGGGAACCACAAACAAUAAAGCUGCUGUGGAAAGUUCGAAUUUGUUUUACUUUGUGUCAUCACAGUAUAGGUAAAUAUUGUGUAUUAUCGCUAAUCAGAUUUCUUGUUUUUGGACGGUGAAUAAAGUUUUAAAAAAAAUUGUACAGAUUUCAAGACCUACCUUAAAUCCAUAAAAUAUAAUCCAUUUAUUUUUACCGGAGGAUUAAUACGUACACAGCAGGUGGUGUAGUUGUCAGGGCUGCCAUCUUACAAUCUACGGGUUCCAGGUUCAAAUCCCCCUCCUGCUGCAGGACACGAUAAAGAUAUUUACUCUGAACUGAUACAGCAAGAAUGUUGCACUGUCUAAGUGGUCAAAUCAUUGCAAAGCUGGUUAAGAUUGUUGCCUUGAACAAAGAUGUCAAAUAAGAAAUGUCAUAAUAAUUGCUGCAAGAAAAUUCUAAUGCUGCUCGAUGUGUGGCUUUGCGAAAGAAGCCUUUGUUUGCACCUUCAUUUAAGGUGGAUCUACAGAGAACCCAGAAAAGAAAGUUCCGGAUCUUUAUGUUGCCUACGUUACGUUAAGGUAACCAUGAGAGAACUGCUGUAGCCCACCUAAAGGUGCACAUAAGGGCACCUCCCUGCUUUCGAUGUGUCUGUAAAGGAAUGACGGGAAAGGGAAAGCGACGAGUAUGUCGGCACGAGCUCCCGCAGACGACGAGAGAAAUAGCUACCUCUUGCAGGACUGUUUACGCGACGUUGCGCGUGGCACCAGAAGAGGGCGAUGUAGUCAAAGUGAGUUCUGGUGUCAACGACCAGCAACGGUUUCUCACCUGGUAUUGUGUUGUACUGUACAGCUGGUGAGGGCGAUGUUCUCGCUGUCACUACGCCAUUACUUCCUACAACAUGUAACAUGUGAUACGUCAACUGAUGUGUUUCCGCCUCAUUGUAGCGCGGGUGCUGUCUGUAGGCCUCCUGCAGAAUUAAUUUUCUUUUUUUUUUUUUAAUGAGGCCAAAGUGGUAGAAUCGCACAUUUUUUCUUUAAUUGCCGAAAAGAGCACGAGUACCGCACAUGUUCCGUACCAAAGUGCACCUUUUUAACAGUUACCGUUUUUCAGACAAUACAGGAAAAGUGAUUUUAUGGAGCUGCAUUUUGUGAGUCCAUUAAAAAUGAAGUCUGGCUCAAUUUUAUUAAACCUGUUCAAUUCCUCAACUGAAAUAUAAUACGUGGAUGUAACUGGGUAUUUUUUUAUUUAUUCGAUAAGCAAAAGGAAGCCUCCAGAAGGCAUUCUGUUUUUUUAGAAAGUGCACGCAGGGGCUCGGUCACAGUUCGGUGGCCCAUCAAAAGGUCCCAGGGCUGAUUCCACCUCAAACCUGCUGAGUGUCACUUCGUCUCCAGCUUGACAGUCCAUGACACAUGGAUGUCUCCAGCUGACACAGCCCAACGUGAAUGACUGAUUGUUUAAGCAACUGACGAUGACAAUGAUGAAAUUUUAUGAUGGCAAUGAUGUAAAUGUUGAUAAUGGCAAUGAUUGUAUUGCGGUAUAGUUUUGCUUAGGAGGUAUUAGGCUGUUCCAGAUCAGAUUGAUGCCAACGAUGGGUGAACGGUUGGAACGAUGGUUGAGGCACCUGGCUCUCAGCUAGAGGUGGAACGCGCAAGGAAUUUGAAGGUUCUCACGGGAAAAUGGCAUGGUAAAUGGACCGACCGUGGAAAAAAUGAGAGUGAAGGACGGCAAGCUGAUGUUGGGUGACAGUUUGGGUUUCGUCUGAAGGAAAGAACUGACCGAACGUGACGUGUCAAGGGACACGCAACGCGGCCAUCGGCCUACUUUAACAGCACCGGGAAAAGAAUGCGUUUCACAAACUCCUCUGCUGUGAAACAUGUCGAUUAUAUUUAGAUUCUUGUUAGUUUUAAAUAAAUAUUUGAAUUGCGUUUGGUUCUUUUGCAUGAUUAUAACUUCGUAUUGAUUUUAGGUAGUAGGAGAUCACCGCUACGUCCACUGGCAGGCCGUUACACACAAUCUGGGUUUGUAAAAUUCCAUCUUUUUUGUCUUAAUCUCCUGAAAAUUCCCCAACUGUGAUUAUUACUGCAUCAAUUUUAGAAACUGUUGGCUACACCAAGUGCGGCUGAUUGCUUAAAGCUUACAAGCGUAAACACAUUACUGGAAUCACUUGCCUUGCUUGCAGAAUUAUCAGCACUGAUGUUAUCAGUGCUCAGCAUUAUCUGAUAUCUUAGGAUAUCUUUCCCAUUAUUUUCCGCCCACCUCAGCCUUUGAUUUCUCUUAAAAAAAAUAUGGCAGUUUAAUUUAUUCUAAAGCAGUGUAUUUCGCUGGAGACUCAACAGUUCUGGAUAUAGCUGAUGUGAAAUCAGUUUACCUUAAUCUUAAUUAUAAUUAUGUGAAAGAUCCAGCUUAUCCAGCACUGGAAUAUAAGGGAUAAUGUGUAUAAAUCAUCUGCAUAUCACCAUUUUUAUGGAUUUCUAGGUUGUGUGUGAACAGUGGGCUACCUUUUCUAUCUAUUGCUUUUGCAUGAUUUGAAGGUGUGCUGACAGAUUUCCUUUUUGAUUAAAAUGCUAUUUUUGUUAUGUAAGUUACAGCAGACAAUGUGUGAAGUGUGAUAAUGCAUCAUGUUAUAACCUGAAACCGUUUUAUUGAAAACAGAGUGAAUAAAAUAAAUAAUCCUGGAA